AUGUCGACUCGUCGGACUUUGAGCGACCAGCCACGCAACUGGUCUCAAGAGUCAAGCAGUUCGCAAGAAGAGUUGAUCGCCUAUCGAGGCAAUCGCAACGUCAAAGAAGCUGUCAGAUGCCCAAAAGGUCCGCCGCCCGACGACCGCGUUGAAGAUGAAGGCUUCGCUCGUUUUCUCAAGAAGCACGCUUCGCCAACACAUCAGCGAGUCACCGCCGGGGGCCGCAUCGUGCCAAUGGAACACCGACCUCGUCCUCCUGUGUGUCACCUAGUCAACUGCAACGAGAAUCCAGAGCCAGAGGGCAAGAACAACGCACCCGAAGGAAGUGCAAGGAACACCCAAGGUCCCAAGCUCGAGAUAGCAAGCCCAAUCCAGCCAAAGCCAGAACCCCAGGAUAUUCUCCAACGGCAGUCUCAUCAGAUUCCGGUUCCCAAUGCAAUCAUCGACAACACCGCUCUUGCUGCCGGCGUCAAUGUGAAUCUAGUGCCCACCGGGGAUGCCUUGGCCAUCGACACCGCUGCGGCACAGUCUCAGUGGGUGGCACCCAUACUCUCAGCGCCCGUCGGUCCGAGCAUGUUUCCCGACCCAUACUAUUUGCAAAGUCCUCCACUAUUCCCCGGCUGUGCAAUGCCCUUGACUCCGCCGCUUCCUGGGUACAACGGUAGCCUCGAUGGACAGUUUGCCAUGUCACUGCCCGUUUCCCCAGACAUGAUGAUGGGCCUUUCUGCCCUUAGUGAGAUGUCAAUGGCAAUGGGCGAGUUUGCUGCAACAGAUGCCACCUAUUUUGACCACAUGAUUGCCUGUGCAAAUGCACGCUUCGAGGAAGCAGACCGCCAACUCAAAACGAUUAAUCGUCACCGUGCCAUAAACAAUCGCGACCCAUAUGUCACCGAGCACCGAAUGGCGGUCGCCGUGUUGCGUGCAAAUGCAAAGGCAGAGGUCUCAUACUGGACCAAUCUUGCUUCAGAGGCCAAGGCUGCAAAGAUGUCUGUGGGUACCCCAAGUCGCACACUCAACGUGGAGGCGGCUGCCUAUGUUCCUCUCCAGUCAAACUCGCUUGUCCCCGCAUCUUCCAGCAAAUCAAGCACCCUAUCGAAGGGUAGUGACAGUACAGUCCAGCCCACCAAACCCAAGCCGUCACUCAAAGCAGGACGUCGUGGAAUCCCGAUCGUGCCGCCUCCAGAAACAUUGGAUUUGCCUGUCAAGGAGCUCAGGGAUACGGGUCUAGCACACCCUCCUCCUUCCGUGGCUGUGGAUGAAUGGGGUGUGCGCAUCGGGGAUGCACCCCCGGCGAUACUCCGUCACCAGGAGGAGAUGGCGAAGGCCUUGAUCCGGGAAGCGAGCAAGUCGCCACAGAAAUCAGCCAGCGAAGUGUCAAUUCAGAGUCCAGUGGCAAGUUACAACACAUCACCGUUGCAUAACCAAGCAGUCGAAGCCACGCUAGAUGAGAAUAGCGAGAAUAAGUCGCAGAACGGAGAGUGGUUGCCGACGAAGCCUGGGCGAGCGCCCGCAACUGUUGAAGCAUGCUAUGAAUUGCAGCUGGAUGCGAUGCGGCUUCCCAAGGGCAUCAUCAGCAAGGUUAGACUGCCAGAUGGUACUAUUACCGAAGUUCGAGGCCAAGGGCUGAAGCGUCCACCUUCCUUGGGAAUGGACGAUUUUGAGAGACGCUACUGGAGGUCGAAGCCCGUGUUGACCAAGGAAAUGGCCUCUCGAUUUAUCGAGGUGCGGUCUUGCGGUGAAGGUCCAGCUGCAGAUAACGUUCUCGACCACCUCGACUUCAAUCGCUUCAACGUCGAAAGGUUGGUCCUUGUUCAAAUUGCUCAUCAAAUGGUCUGCUAA